GAGUCAGUGAGUGAAGAGAGACGGGGGAAAGGAAAAGUUAGUGUGGAAUUUAACGCAGAGCUUUGUGAUCGGAGAUGGAUGGUAAUGGUACGGGUCCGAAGAAGAAUGAUCAAAAUCAUGAUUCCAAAGCAUCUGGUAAAACGUUCUUAGUCCACAACCGCUCAGGAAAUCACCUACCAGAGUUGGACUCAGAGUCUGUGAUAAGAAAGACGGAGAAUUGCAGCCCUGUGCCUGCAGAAGACAAAGGGGUGGACAUAAUCAACAUCAAGGGCAUCGAGGACAUCGGAUAUGUCCAGCAGGAUUCCAUCCAGAUAUUUUUCUUCAAAUUGGAAACAAGUAAUGAUCACAGAGCAGAGUCAGCCACCAUCCCUGGGGCAACUGGGGUUAAGGGCCAUGCUCAAAGGCCUAGUGGUGAUACAGCUACUCUGCUGGAUAUGGGAUUUGAAAGCACAACAGACAUAGUAACAGGCAGGUUGAGCAGGCAGAUUCAGGGCAGCGGGCGCAUUCGGGCUUGCAGACCAGGGAGCGAGUCCUGCUUGAUUGCAGUAGCCCACAGGGAUGGGAAGAUGGCUGAGAAUGCAGCUGAACUCACAGGCACUGCACUGCCAGGCCCCACAAGGCAGACAGACUUCCUCAGAGAUGUGGUAUUCCAUGGCAAGUUCAAACUGCUGAAUGCUCGGAUCCCUGAGGAAAACACGCAGUGCCGGCAAGGUCUCUACUUCCAAGAUGGUGAGAGGCGGGUGGACUACAUCCUCACCUACCAAAUCAAGAAACCCGGCAGCUCUCGCCGGCACUCGUCCCGCCUGACAGAUAACGCCCUCACCCGCAGUCUGCGGCGCAGCCGGGGCCCGCCACCGCAGCAGGACCCCGAGGGGGCCACGCAGGAGCACAACCUGCAGUACCAUGAGGACGACAAGCGCGUCUGCCGGGAGGAGUUUGAGGGCAAUCUCAUGGAGAUGGGCCUGGACCUCGAGAAAGACGAAAAUUCAAAAACUCCUGGGAUGGGCUUUGUGAAGAUACAUGCUCCCUGGCAUGUCCUCUGCCGAGAAGCAGAGUUCAUGAAACUCAAGAUGCCCACCAAAAAAGUGUAUGAGGUCAACCACGGUAGCAGCCUGGUUGAGAAAAUGAACACAUUCAUCAGCAAGGUGACAGAACCCCUGCACCCAAAAGUAGAAGAGAACAGAAUACACAACGUCAAGCACCUUUCCUACCCAUUCUCACGAGAAAAGCAGCAUCUGUUUGAUUUGUCAGACAGAGACUCCUUCUUUGACAGUAAAACAAGAAGUUCAAUAGUUUUUGAAGUACUGAAGCGCACAAAAUGCACCAAAUUCGAAUACAGCAUGGGGAUUACCAGCCUGCUUGCUAAUGGGGUAUAUAUGGAUGCUUAUCCUCUGCAUGAUGGGGACAUUGAUGGAGAAAAUUCUGACCCCAAUGACAGAAAGCUCUUGUAUGAAGAGUGGGCGAGUUACAGUGUUUUCUACAAGUAUCAGCCGAUUAGCCUGGUCAGGAAGUACUUUGGAGAGAAGAUUGGUCUUUACUUCGCAUGGCUGGGUGUAUAUACCCAGAUGCUAAUCCCUGCCUCCUUGGUUGGGGUCAUUGUCUUCCUGUACGGCUGUGUCACGGUGAAUGAUGACAUUCCCAGCAUGGAGAUCUGUGACAAGAGGAACAACGUCACCAUGUGUCCGCUCUGUGACCGCGCCUGCAGCUACUGGAAUCUCGUCAUGGCCUGUGGUACGGCCAGGGCCAGCCACCUCUUCGACAACCCCGCCACGGUCUUCUUCUCUGUCUUCAUGGCCUUAUGGGCCGCCAUGUUCAUGGAGCACUGGAAAAGAAGACAGAUGCGACUGAAUUACAUAUGGGAUCUGACAGGCUUUGAAGACGAAGAGGAAGCUUUAAAGGAUCAUCCGCGAGCUGAGUAUGAGUUUCGAGUCAUGCAGAAGUCGCUAAAGAAGGAUCAGAAUGCACAGAAGUCAGAAAAAGAAAAAUUGACUUGUGAAGACAGACUUCCAGCCUACAUGACCAACGUUGUCAUGAUGCUGUUCAUGAUUGGCGUGACCUUUGCCAUCGUGUUUGGGGUGAUCGUGUACAGGAUAUCCACCACAUCGGCCCUGCACAUGAGCUCUGACCCCACCACCCGCUCCAACGUGAGGGUGACAGUCAAGACCACAGCUGCAAUUAUUAACUUGGUGGUUAUCAUCAUCCUGGAUGAAGUGUACGGGGCUGUGGCCCGUUGGCUCACCAUACUCGAGGUACCAAAGACCGACAAGAGUUUUGAGGAGAGACUGAUCUUCAAAACAUUCAUCCUAAAGUUUGUGAAUGCCUUCACUCCCAUUAUCUACAUCGCCUUCUUGAGAGGGAGGCUUGUUGGUCGUCCUGGAAGUUACCUAUAUGUCUUUCAAUCUUAUCGGAUGGAGGAGUGUGCCCCCGGUGGCUGUCUGAUGGAGCUCUGCAUCCAGCUCAGCAUCACCAUGCUCGGCAAGCAGCUCAUCCAGAACAAUCUGUUUGAGAUCGGAAUCCCCAAACUCAAAAAGCUGAUAAGGUACAUCAAGAUGAAGAAGGGCGCCUUUCAGGAAGAGGAGCAGCGAGAGAAGAAACUGCAGCGCUACGAGACGGAUCACUUCCUGGAGCCCUAUGCUGGUCUCACCCCGGAGUACAUGGAAAUGAUCAUCCAGUUUGGCUUUGUCACUCUGUUUGUGGCAUCCUUUCCACUGGCUCCGCUCUUCGCCCUGCUAAACAACAUCAUCGAGAUCCGUCUCGAUGCCAAGAAGUUUGUGGCAGAGCUAAGAAGACCUAUAGCUGCGAGAGCAAAAGACAUUGGUAUCUGGUAUAAUAUCCUAAGAGGGAUUGGCAAAGUGGCUGUUAUUGUGAAUGCAUUCGUGAUAUCAUUCACAUCCGACUUCAUUCCCCGCCUGGUCUACCAGUACAUGUACAGUCCAGAUGGCUCCAUGCACGGCUUUGUUAACCACACCCUUUCCUACUUCAACGUCAGUGACUUCGAAGAGGGCAAGGACCCUCUGGAGCCUAUGCACUUGGGGUACAGGGUGGAGAUCUGCAGGUAUAAAGACUACAGGGAACCUCCCUGGUCGCAGACUCCCUAUGAAAUUUCUAAGGAGUUCUGGGCAGUGCUAGCAGCCAGAUUGGCAUUUGUUAUAGUUUUCCAGAACGUGGUCAUGCUGAUGAGUGACGUGGUGGACUGGCUGAUUCCAGACAUCCCCAAGGACAUCAGUGUGCAAAUCCACAAGGAGAAGAUCCUCAUGGUGGAGCUCUUCAUGAAGGAAGAGGAGGUCAAGAUGCAAAAUUCAGAUAGCAUGGCUAUGCGUGCCGAUAAGGACAACUGCAAUAACCACAGCUCGGUGCACCGCUCAGAGUCCACCCCGAAUUCACACGGAAGUGUCUUCUAGCAUCCAUCCACAUGUCUGUGUAUCUGUAUGUCUUUCACUAGCCCAUCGGUGUCCUUUAAUGUAGACUGGACAUUCCACAGAGGGAGUCUUAUCCCCAAGGAAGAAGUUGGAGGAGGACCUGUAACUAUCACAAAACACCAUGCAUUUCUUAAGUACUCCCACCACAGAGCACGACAGACGCUGUAAGCACAUUUUAAACGGUUAGUGAAUGUGCAUUUAUUUGUACUCUUUAUAAAAUGUCCAAUACAGAGAAAAAUAUUUUAUUACUCAACUGGUCGUUUUUUCUUUUUCAGUUCUUCUGCAGUUUGUGUGCCUCUUUUCCUGAUGUGUAUUUCAUGCAUUCUCAAACCAUCCUUACAAUAAAACAAAUUAAUUUGUUUUAUAUUCAGUUCAUGUCAGGUUUAUGUGUGUCUAAAUUACAAGAAAUGAUUUAUCUGGGAGUAAUGAAAAAACAACUCCCAGACGUUUUCUCUCCCCCCCCACCCCCAAUUCAUCCCAAAUGGCAUUCCUAAGAGUGCAAUUGCCCCCGACACAGCAGUGGGUGGGAGAGUUGGAGACACAGAGAGGCGUCAUCACCAUGCCAUAGCCAGGGAGAGGAUACAGUGAGGGGUCUGUCAGGUUUCACCUUUGGUCAUGGGCUUCCUGUCCGCUUCUUUCAUUACAUCUGUGCCAUCUGGAGGAACUCUUUGUGAAGAAUAGGGUUGGGUCUGGAACUAUUGUAGACCUCUGCGGAUGCCAUGCCACUCUCUAUCUGUAUUUCCUUGUACAAAGUUGUGUUUUUAUUAUUUUUUUAAUAUAACACCCUUUCUAUGUAAUACAGAUGGUUAGAUGUAUCCACUCACACAAUGUCUAAUGGAUAAAUUUAUUUGUAUGUAGUGAGACUAGGAGAAUGAGUUUAUUAAGGAAGAGGAAAUCAGCUAGCCUUGUAUGUGUAUAUAUAUAUAUAUAUAUAUACAUUUCUGUAUAUAUCUUUUCUGUAGCAUGUAGAUAUGUUAUUUACUUAGCAUUUUCAGUAUACUUGAAGCUUUAACUUCAAAUCACUUGUGUAUUAUCUGUAUAGUUCUUGUAACAUUCUAACUGACUAUGAUGGUAUUAAAGCUUAAAAAAUAUUCAAAGUGGUGCACAGUAUAUAUCUUUUUAUAAGCUCUGUUUUGUGUUGUUUUUAUGUACCCUUCCUGUAAUUUCAUAAAUAGGAUGGAAUAUUCAUAGAGGCCUUUCGCAGUCCAUCUUAGAUUCAAAGUAACCGACUCGUUUCAAAACAUUAGUUUAAUGGGUGGAUUGGCUUCCAAAAACAUCAUUCCAAGAGUCUAUCCAGUAGCAUCUUUCCAGCACUUGAAAUUUCCUUGUAAUAUUCACAGGUAUGAAGCCCUAUGGCCAGGACACUAAUAGAAGUCUGUGAAUGAACUGGCUGGACUCACUUAAUGCUUAUCCUUUCUAAAUGUUUGAAAUUUUAUUUAAAAAAAUAAUAACUUGCUUUGGAAAUUCUGCAUAAUAUUUAUAUGCAUUGGCAACAUAUAUAAUGUGUGCCUGCAUCAUAAAUGUUUUGCAGCUGGGGGGGGGGGAAUCAUACAGUUUUUGAUUUUUGUUUUAUAUAUAUAUUUUUUUUUGAUCAUGCUGUCUGCUAUAAGGUCUUAAUAUGAUAUCACCAUGCAUGUAAGAAUCAUUAUCAGUUUAUUUUGGAACACUAUUAUAAAGACUAAGUGGAAAAAAAAGUAUAAAUCCUACUGAACGGAAAUUAAAAAAUUAUAGGAGCAUUAUUUUCAACAAUGACUUGAUUCUUAUAAUGAAAAUGUGCAGAGUGAUCUUAGUCCAUUCUUGAUGCUUCCUAUUCUGUCCAGAACAUUAUGCAGAGUAACAUUACAAUGUACUAGUAUGCACAGAACUUUACAUUUAAUAUAACCUCCAUAUUUACCUAACUUUUCAUUUUAUUUGACUUGUGUCUCUCCAGCGGACAACGAACCUGGAACACCUUAUAUGAACUCAUUCAUUCAUACAUUGAAAAAGUAUAAUUUCAUAGAAAUGUUAUAGUUUAUUUUGUAUUGAUACAGAUUUUGUCAUUAUAUACAUCCUUUUGAUGGGAAAUGACCCCCAAGAAUAAAAAUGUAAUUUAAAAGUAA